AUGGCAGAGGCAUUCAAAUUCAAACUACUUCAAUCCACUCCUUAUUAUGCUCAAGCUAAUGGACGGGCAGAAUCAUGUAACAAGACCUUCAAAGAGAGAUGCAACUGGCAUGACCCCCCAUAUGCUCUAACCUAUGGUCAUGAUGCGAUUUUGCCUAUGGAAAUAGCAAUCCAAUCUCUCGGAAUUGCUCAGCAACACAAUCUGGUUGGAGAAGACUAUUCUCAAGCAAUGCUGCUAGAACUAGAAAGUUUGGAUACCAGCAGAAUUGAUACCCUCAACAAACUCUUAGCAGGAAAACAGGCUGUAUCUAGGGCCUACAACAAGAGAGUUAAAAACAAGAGUUUUGAGGAAGGAGAAAUAGUCUGGAAAGUAGUUCUACCCCUGGGAACACAUAUAUCUGGUUAUGAAAAAUGGUCACCCACAUGGGAAGAUCCUUUCAUAAUCAAGCCAGUCCUUGGAUUGGGGGCAUACAGAUUACAGGAUCGAGAUGGAGACAUCCAUGCAGCACCAAUCAGUGGCAAAUGGUUGAAAAAGUUUUAUCCAACCAUGUGGGAUUCACAGGCAAUCCAAACAGAUCCUGGAAUUGAAGAGAAGCAACAUGGAAAUGUUGUAUAA